AUGGAAUUUUUUAUUAAAUUUAUUAUAUUUUGUUUUGUUAUUUUUGGUGUUUUCAUUUUCAAAGUAGUAUCACCACCAUUAAACUUCCCAAGAAAUAUUCCAACAAUACCAUUCUAUGUUUCCUUUUUACCGAUAUUUUAUUCAAUUGAUCAGACAGAGUUGUUUGAGUUAUACUUGAGAAAACCUUUAGAAAGAUAUGGUGCUGUUAAAUAUUUUUUUGGUUCUCGAUGGAAUAUAUUAGUUUCAAAAAGACUUUUUGUUAAACAAAUGUUUAAAAAUGAAGAUGUAUUUGCCAAGAGUGGUAAUCAAAAAAAGAUUCCUUACAGUUUAUUGGCUCUAUACACAGGAGAUAAUGUCAUUAGUGCACAUGGUGAAAUAUGGAAGACAUACCGUAGCGUUGUAACAAAUGGUUUACAACAUUUUGAUUAUGAACCUCUUUAUAAGAAUUCCAAAUUAUUUUGCGACUUGAUUGAAAAAAGUUUGGAGACUGAAGAGAAUUCAGAGUCAACUGUUACUGUGGGUCCUUUAAUCCAAAGACUAGCCCUUGCAAAUAUAUCUCAAGUUGUUUUAGGUUUCGAUUUUGGUACAUUAACUGAAGAAAAAUGUGCUUUACAAGACCAUUUAAUUAGAAUUAAAAAACAAAUCUUCCAUCCAUUUUUUUUAACCUUCCCAUUCUUUGAUAUGCUUCCUUUGCCUCAAAGGAGGAAAGGUUUUAAAGAUGUCUCUGCCUUUAGAAAUGAAUUAGUGUCCAAGGUUAGAAAUGAUUUGAUUAACAACUAUAAAUUUGAACAAACAACUUUCACAUCCAGUGACCUAAUUCGUGCUUAUAAUAAUAAAUUAAUAAAUUAUCAACAAUUAACUGAUAAUAUUGUGGUAUUGUUGGUAGCUGGUCAUGAAAACCCUCAGUUGGCAAUUACGACAAUUCUAUACUUGCUUGGAAAAUAUCAUGACAGUUGGCAAAUUGCCAUAAGAAAUGAAAUUGGUAAAUUAAGCAAACAUGAUGAUUUAUUGCAAUUGCCAAUUUUAAAUUCCUUCAUUUUUGAAGCUUUAAGGGUCUACCCACCUUUGAGUAUAAUUAUAAAUAGAUGCACAACCAAAACUUGUCGCUUAGGAAACGAUAUCGUUAUACCAAAGGGAGCUUAUGUAGGCUAUCAUAAUUAUUCUACAACACAUAAUUUUGAGUCCUGGGGAGAUGAUUCUGAUGAAUUUAAUCCUAAUAGAUGGGGAAAAACCAUUGAAGCAAUUUUCCAUAAUUGGAAAGUUGCUAAGAUGGAAUGCACUUUACCAACAUUCCAUGGUGGAAAAAGAGCCUGCUUAGGUGAAAAAUUGGCUUUGGCAGAAUUAAGACUCUGUAUUGCUGAGAUAUUAAAAAGGUUUGAAUGGAAAUUAAGUAAGAGUUGGAACAACAAAAUGACUCCCGCUGGCCCACUUUGCCCACUUAAUUUGAAAUUGGAUUUUAAAAAGAUUGAAUCAGAAUAA